AUGGCAGUCAGACCCAAGCUUCUCGUCGUCUUGACGUCCCAGGACAAUCUUCCAACGCGCGAAAAUUUUAAAACGGGAUGGUAUCUUCCCGAAUUCGUCCACCCUUACAACGCCCUCGCCCCGCACGUGGAUCUCGUCGUCGCCUCUCCCAAAGGCGGUGUUGCUCCUCUCGACCCCUACUCUGUCGAGGAAAGCAAAGACGAUGCGGAGUGCCAGAGGUUUCUGAAGGAGAACAAGGAUCUUUGGGAGAAGACGGAGAAGCUCUCGACGUUUGUGGGCAGGUCUUCUGAGUUUGUGGGCGUCUUCUACGUCGGCGGACACGGGCCCAUGUUUGACCUCGCCGUCGAUCAAGUCUCACACCUUGUCAUCCGAGAGUUCUAUGAAGCAGGCAAGAUAGUCUCGGCUGUCUGCCACGGCCCCGGCGCCUUGGUCAACGUCAAGCUCUCGAAUGGGGAGUACCUGGUCAAGGACAGCGAGGUGACCGGCUUCUCCAACGCGGAGGAAGAUGCCUACAACUUCACGGAUGCGAUGCCCUUCCUUCUAGAGACAGAGCUCAAGAAUCAUGGCGGGAAGUACGUCAAGGCGGAUCAGCCGUUCGGAGUCAAGGUUGUCGUGAGUGGCAAGGAUGGUCGCUUGGUCACCGGGCAAAACCCGCCCAGCGCGGGGGUUAUUGGAGGAGUCUUGUUGGAAACCAUCAGAAAAUUGUAG